AAGCAUGCGAAAGGAUUAUCCAAGAAGUUCCACGAAUCGUCUUAAACGUGGUUGAGAAGAUGCUUGUAACGACAGCAGCAUCACUGGAAGUUAAAUUACAAGCUGCUAUGCAGGCCAAUACCGUUGGUCAGUAUCAGGACGAAGCCACAUCAUCUUUUCAAUUUUCACCGAUCACUUCUGUUGAUGGAAUCAAAGCGUUGGAACAAAAUUUGAAAGAAGAGCUGUUCACCAAGAGAUUGAUCAUUCACAUGAAGAAACAAAUCGGACAUACUGGAGACAACUGCAAUGGGCAAAACGUUUGCUACGAAUUAAUCGACCAUUUUUUUGAUCGAAAAGUAUUACUACUUUGCUCUUGGAGUGGCGGAAGCAAAGGAGAAACGCCAAAGUUUUCGAUGAAAGACUGUGAAAGAAUUUUGAAUAUUUUUUUCAAAAUUGUUCAUAGCGUUAACAUCACAUUUUCACGUAAGCUGCUGGAGGAUUUUUUCAAGAAGAUAACGAGAAACUCGAAAAAACGCAGCGAAGCUAAGGGAAUGAGGCAAUCAUCUAUUCAUCGUAGAAUAAAGAAAAAGGGUGUUGCAGAUUCUGGCGACAUUGUUGUCCAAGUUCCUACCAGCGUCGAUGAAGAUGUUCAGGAUGCACAGACGGAUACGGUAUACCACUUCCUGGAUAAUCCUAUACAUAUCACUAAGACAGGACAAACCCAGAAAGCGAACACGGAGCAUGACGAUGAUGAUGUUGAAGAAGAAGAAGAAGACGAAACAUCAGAAGAUGAUCCCCAAGAGGAAUGCGAAAGCGAUUAA